AUGGGUCUACCAAUCACCACCACCGCCUCCAUCAGCGUCCCGGAGGCCAACUCCUUCGGAGCCACCGUCCUCCAGCCACAAGGCGACAACUCCAACGGCCGUGGCGGCUGCCCGUUCAUCGCCAACACCCACAACAACGGCACUCCGGAUACCGCCCAUGCCAACAUCACUCAACAAGCGACGCCAGCGGAACCAGCCGCGCCGCUGGGCAUCUUGAAUAAGCUGGAGAAUCGCACCUUCACCGGCAGGGGCUUCAACACUAUCUUCCGCCCCCACAGUACUAGCUCUCCCACCACGCUGGACGUCAACCCUGUGCUCCCUCAAGGCCUCCUCCCGGACAACAUCCUCCAGCUCAACAUCACACACGAGACUCAGGUGUUUGCCCCUGGCUUGGGUCACGUGCCCAACCGCGGCUUGAUGAAGCAGCAAGAUAUUGACCUCAACGGUGUCCCCUACACACAAACCAUCUACGAUAUCACCGAGGUCUUGCCCAACACGACCCCUCCCGUAAUCCACUUUGAGCCCGGUCUCUGGAUGCACGUUCCCACCACCACCAUUCCCAACCUCAAGACUUCCCUUGCUCGCAUGGCUUCCAUCCCUCACGGCACGACUAUCAACGCCCAGUGUUUCUCCGACCCAUCUUCCAGCGUCGGGGCACCCAACAUCCCAAGUGUCGACAUCACUCCCUUCCCGGUCGGCAGCCACGACAGAUUCCACUUCCCCAGCCAGAACGCCAAUGACCCUGCGACCUUCCGCCUCCCCCAGAACCUCGCCCCCUUCACCAAGGCCAAUACAAUCACCCAAGCCAUGAUUGACGACCCCAACACCGUCCUCAAGAACGCCAACAAGGGCAAGGACAUUGUCGAAAACACCUUCUACACCAUUACCACCAAGCCCACGGACACCAACUUCGGCGGCGGCACCUCCAACAUCGGCUUCCUCGUCGGCGACGGCCAACAAAACCUCAAACUCCCUAGCCGCGCCAACGCAAACGCCACCAGCAUGGAAGCCCAGUACUGGAUCUCCACCGUCCGCACAAACAUCCAGCUCGAGCCCUGGAAGCCCUCGGCCAACGAGACAUGCAAGCACUUCUCCCCUCUGCCCGUUCGCGACGGAGAAGAGGUGCCCGUCUUUGAGGUGCACUUCCCCAUUUCGCAGGCAAAGACCGUGGCUGUCACGUAUACCCAGCUCCAGUACACCCAAAACGUCACUCUCGACUUUGCUGGGCUUAGCUGGCCGCAUGUCACUGUUGGUACACUUGUCCAGACGACCCCGACUGUUCUGGAUGCGUCGGUCUUGAACCAGUAG